GUGGUCGCAGUUGGUCGCAGUGGUCAAAAGCAGAAUGGCGAGAACAACAUAACCUCCGUCUUGUCGUGUUUGUUGUCCAUACAUUGAAAUUUUAAGUUAAUCGGUUUCGAACUGAAUUUGGUAACACAAUUUGGCUUUGGAAAUGGAACACGAGAAGAAAACUAAGCAAUCACGAAGAGAGAACAAAAUGCGCAAAAUGGCAGCUCUCGUAGAAAUAGCCCAACUUAAUGCUCGAGAUCGCAUGGAGGCCUCUACUUCGAACGUUAAAGAACAUUCUAAUCCGCCCCCUGACACCUCUGAUGAACCAAACAGCAAAAAGUUAAAAUUAAGCAAUGGCACUGCUCACAGUGAUGACAUUCAAGAGGCCGGAUCUGAACUGGUUGAUGAAAGUAAAAGAAAAUAUUCUGAGGCUGAAUAUGCUCAACUUCGCGCUGUUCUAAGAGAAACUUGGAAAACUAGAUCAGCAUCUUUGAUUCUUAAAGAAUCUGGAUUAGAAGCCAAGCUUGACAUUCCGACUUCUGAUAGAGUUCCAAUAUUUUUAUCAGAUUUACAGAGUCUUGUCUUGAAAAGCAUGCUGAAAAACGCGUCACCUUUGGUACCAAGGUGGUGUAAGUUAGAUAGAGUUAGUCGACUGAAGUCUGUGCGUAUACUUUUUAUUGAGGGAGCAGGAAUAAGUGACUAUCUUCUGGCGAAAGAAAAGCUCCCUGCUCUUGUCAACUCAUCUUAUCCAAUUUGCCUCGAAGUUAUUAUGCCCACUGCAUAUUGUGGUGACCUAGUCGAAGAAUUCUGUGCUGUACCGAUGCCUUUCUUGGAGUAUCAAAGACAGGUUAAAACUCAUGGUUCUAUUGAUAAUGCAUUAAAGAAACCUGAUAGUGGUGUUUUCAAAAUAUUAAGGGCAUUUUUUCCUGUAGAGGACAAAUCUGAAACCCCUGCUAAUCUUAGUAUUGACUUGAGAGAAGAGGUACCUUCUUCAUCAGAAAUUCAUCAAUCUGACAAAAGUGGCUCUAAACUGUCUCUAUCAAGUGAACCCAAAGAGGAUUCAGUGGACCACUUAAAGUCUUCAGAGAAUACUGUUUCUGAAAGGGACCAAUCAAAAAAUGAAAAAGACAAUUCAGUGAAUGGAUCUGCACCUUCUGAUAGUAAUGAAACACAACCUGCGAUUCCAGAGGAACCACUUGAAUUGCAUCCAUCAGACAAAUUUCCAAGGACAGCUUUAUUGCUUUCAGCGUGGCAAAUGAUUGAAGAAGGCUACCCUCUUCUAUUAAACAAUGAGAUGAGAGAAAAGUAUAGCACCUUUGUGCUUACAAAAUCGCAAUACAAGGAGGUCAACAACCAUUCACCCAUGUACGGUUUGGAUUGUGAAAUGUGCAUGACUUCUAUUGGUGCUAGUGAAGUCACAAGAGUUGGCAUUGUGAAUGAAAAACAUGAGACUGUUCUAGAUACAUUAGUUUUACCAUACAAUGAAAUCACCAAUUUCUUGACAAAAUAUUCUGGAAUAACAGCUCAAAUGAUGAAAAAUGUUACCACAAGAUUGGAGGACGUACAAGAUUUCAUCAGAGAAUAUUUGGAGCCUGAUGCCAUUUUAGUUGGUCAAUCCCUGCAGUUCGACUUAAAAGCUUUAAAGAUUAUACACCCAUAUUGCAUUGACACCAGUGUCAUUUUUAACAUAUCAGGAGAUCGUUACAGGAAGUCAAAACUGUCAUUGCUAUCAGAACGAUUUUUGGGUGAACAAAUUCAAUUGGGCCAUGCAGGUCACAGUCCUGUUGAAGAUUCUUUGGCUUCUCUCAAGUUGGUUCAACUAAAACUCAAUCAUCAUAUUGAGUUUGGAGAUGCAGUCCUUCAAAACCAAGCACAGCCAAUGGUUCGAACAGGCUUUGAAACUAGUGCAACAACUAAUAUCACUCAUGGUAAAAAGAAGCACUCUUCACUGGUUAAAAAGAAGAUAAAAGAGGAUUUAUGUCAUUAUGCUACUAGUUUAUUUAGUUUGACUUCACGUUCAGGCUUGCAUGCAACUAUUGUAUCAACUCCUGAUAUAUUGGAAAAAUAUAUUGAUUUUCUUGAUCCAACAACCACCACCUAUGAUCAAUGCAAUUCAAGUGAAGGUGAUUUAGAUGAGGGAUCUAGUGAAGAAAAUCCAAAGACUGGUGGGGUAAAUUGCAUUAUUGGCGACUCAAAUCUGUCAGUGGUUGACAAAGCUGCUGCGAGUAGCAGCUUUUUAACAGUGGGUCACAUCCAACUCUCAGCAAAUGAGAGUGAUUCGUUGUUACGUCAAGAGGAUAAAAUUGUCAAUGAGAUUAAUCACUACAUAAGCCAGAUGGAGGAAUCUGCUUCAGUUAAUACUCUUUCCAUAGUUGUCCUGUGUGGUAGAGAAAAAUCAUCUAAUGGAAUGUGUUUUAUCAAGUUACCAAAGCCAAAAAUCAAAUUUCAUCCCAAGGAUUCAACAGCAUCAUGACAGCAUCUAGUUGUUAAAUACCCUCAGAAGCUGGUAUCCCAUUGUUAUCUAAAGAUAUUUACUUACGUCUAUGUACUGACACAAUAAAAAAAGGAAACAUCUUACUGUUAAACCA